AUGAGAACCACUGUUGCCGCCUGUGUCGCUGCCGCUCUGGCUGGCUUCACCUCUGCCUGCUCUACUCCUGGCAACUACAAGGUCACCUUCUACGGCUACCCCGACAACGACCCUCCCGGUCCUGCCAUAUCCGGCAACUGCGGUCGCGGCAACCGUGCCGGUGGUACCGGUACCUACGACGACCCCGUCACCAUCGCUACCGCUCCUGGUGAGCUCAACCAGUGUGAGAUUGUCUACCUGCCUUUCCUCACCAAGUAUGGUCGCGUUGAGGACUACUGCGCCCAGUGCGAGUCCGACUGGAAGCGCGGCCAGCCUCACAUUGAUAUCUGGACCGGCUCUGCCAGCCGCAACGGAGGGCAAGCCCAGAUUGACUGUGAGAACCGUCUCACUCCUGGUGGCCGCUACUCCAUUGUUCGCGACCCUCCGAAGAACUACGGAGUCAAUACUGCUCCUCUAUUCUCUUCUCCAAACACCUGCAACACCGGCAACGUCUACCCAAACAAUCCUGCUCACUGCUAA